UAGGGGGAGUGAGGAGAAGGCGGAAAAAACGCUAACAACAAACAAGAUAACAUACGCAACACAAAAUACAAGAAAGACAGAAAACCAGUUGAAAAUAGGGGCACCGCCUUUAUAUAGCACAAUUUUCAUGAUAAAUACGUUCAACAGUGAUCUAAAUAUUAUACUGAAAAAAAGACUUCUAAUUUUGAACUUUCACAUUUUAACCGAUAUUACAAUGGUAGGUGACAAUGUUGUGUAGCUGGUAUAGACGAAUAACAAUAAUGAUAACUUAGGACUGAUGAACGAUUGUGGUACAUGAUUUUAUAUAUAUGAAUUUGCUGAAACAGUGAUUCAGUAUUGUUAUUGAGUAAAGUAUAUUUUAUUCUUUCUUAUAUAUAGGGCUUCGGUAUCUGCAAUGUGAGAAGAUAGAUUAGGUGCGGUGUGUAGUUGCAUUUUUCAGUAUAUAUUUAGAUCACCGUUGACCGUAUUUACCAUGAAAAGGGUGCUAUAUAAAGUAAGAAUAACAGCAAUAUAUACAUAGUUUAUCAAUGGUGUAAAGAGUGAAAUUAUUAUAGUAAAACGCAAGUUUGAAUCAGCCUUUGGAGUCUCAUUUUUGCAUGCUUGAUACAUAUUCUAACUUUAAGAAAAGCAUCUUUUUAUAAUUUUGAUAUGCGCAUCAACAUUACUUGAAAAUAGUUUUUGCAUCGGUAACAUUACUUUAAAUUCUGUGAAAACAAAAGUAGGAUUACAAUGAAAUCUUGGCAUUACCAGCUGAAAACUUGUAGUCUAUUCUGUUUCCGAAUUUUUCUUUGCUCAAACAGUGUAGAGUCACGGUCUAAUUUUGAUAUAUUUGGCUUCUGUGGCCAAACGAAAAUUGUGAUGACUUAGCCAAAAAUAACAAGAAACAAAACAAAUGUCUCUGGAAAUAGGUGGUUGAUUUGCAAUCUAAUUGUUAACAUAUCUGACCAGUAUAAAGAAUAAAACAAGUACAAUGCCCAGAUGAUUUAAAGCUAUAGUAAGACCAAAUAUCAAACUUAACUUUAAACUCUUUAACUAACACUAAAUGGUUAAGUGCUCAAAUACAAACCACUGAAACCAAGACAUGGUCGACCCUUACUUAAUUUAUUUCAGAUAUCCUAAUUUCACAACCUGGGGCCGUAUUCAUAAAGCAUCUUAAGUAUAAGUUUAAAAUUUUACUUAAGUUUGUGGUGAUUUCAACUUAAGUCUAAGUAAAAACAGCUAAAACUUAAGAUACGUAAGAAAUGACUUAAGUCAGAAAAUAAAAUAGCGUGGUGAGUAUGAUUAAUGUGUUGUUUUCAGAUAAAAACACUUUAAACAUAAUUGCGCAUGUGGUAUCUGUCUGAAAUUAAUGUUGUUUUUUUUUAAAUGUUUUCGUCAACAAUAAAAAAAACAAGAAUUACUUAUUAAGUUGUUUUGUGAAUAACAAAUAUACUUAAGUAAAAUAAAUUUCUAACCUAAGUAAUACUUAAGUAAAUAAUCAAUUUCUUAUACUUAUACUUAAGAUGCUUUAUGAAUACGGCCCCUGAUGUGGUAAUAUGUUAAAAAUGUCUUCAUUUUUUACGAUAGUACAGAAAUUAUCUCCUUCUCAGAAAAGAUGAUCUCAGGAGUAUUCUUAAAAUCCCAAAAUGUGUUGCGUCUUGAAGAAGAAGACAUAAAACACAUUUAAGCGAACCUUGUGUAAAGAUCAUAGCGCAUAUCUACCCAUUAUAAUACUUGUUUACGUUCGGCCGAUCCUCAUAUCGUUACUGCUCACCUACCGAUACCAUAUCGUAAACGCUGUUUAUAUUAGUUUACAAAAAUGAACUUAUAAAUUCUGUCAAAAUGAAUGGAGAAUUUGUAAUUGGAAGGAGUUUUGGAACGGCUGAUUAUAUAGUGUUUGGAGCUCUUAUAGCAAUAUCUAUAGCAAUCGGAAUAUUUUCCGCCAUCAAAGAUAAGAGACGCAACACAUCAGUAAACUACUUUCUUGGAGACAGAAAACUGAAGGCGCUUCCUCUCGGUUUAUCUUUCGUGGUGACAUUUCAGUCAUCAAUUAUGAUGCUAGGCUCUCCGGCUGAGGUGUAUGUGUAUGGACUGCAAUACGCUAUACAAUUAAUAGGAGUAAUGGCAUCAUUUUAUCUGGCAUCCUUAAUUGUUGUGCCUAUUUUCCAUCCGUUGAAUGUAACAAGUGUGUAUGAAUACUAUCAGCUACGCUACGGAACAAAAUCUGUCAGGUAUCUCGGUGUAGUGUUAGGUGUUUCCUACUAUACGUUAUACAUGGGUGUAGUUUUAUUUGGAACUGCAUUAGCGCUUCAGUCUACCACUGGGGGGCUACCACUUUGAAUAUCAGUUGUUAAAUUUACAACAGCUGCAACUUUAUACACGUCUAUAGGAGGGAUAAAAGCCGUCAUAUGGACCGACGUGUUCCAGUCAUUGGUCAUGCUCGGUGGAAUCUUAGCAGUGAUCAUCAAAAAUACAGUUAGUGCUGGAGGACCUUCUAACGUCGCCCAUAUAAGCAAAGAUCGCAUCAACUUAUUCAACUUUAACCCUGAUCCAACGAUCCGGCACACAUUCUGGACAUUAGUUAUUGGGGCUAUACCUCACUAUUUCUACACGGCAAUAACACAAGCAGGCGUUCAGCGCAUAAUGUCCACACCGCAUCCAAAUGUUGCCAGGAGAAUGUUGUAUAUUUCAGCACCAAUCUACUGCAUUGCAAUGGUAGUGGUAAUGUUCGAAGGACUAUCUGUAUUUGCAUAUUAUAGCUUUAGAGGUUGUGACCCUUUGGCAUCCGGGCAGAUAAGUAACCCAAAUCAGAUAAUACCAUUUACUAUACUUGAAAUGUUUCAUAAUCUUCACGGAAUGCCUGGUUUGUUUAUUGCAGCUCUUGCAGCUGCUUCUUUGAGUACUAUUUCGUCGGGAUUAAGUGGACUCGCGGCGGUCACGUGCGUCGAUAUAUUGAAAGUUCUUAAACCGGAUAUUAACGAUCAGAAAUCAACAAACAUAUCUAAACUUUUUGUUGUAAUGUAUGGAAUUGUUUCAGCAUCCGUCGCAUUUUUUCUGUCUAACGUAAAGGGUCCUCUAGGUGAAAUAAUGGCUGGUUUUACGGGGGCUGUAGCGGGACCUGAAACAGGAAUGUUUUUUGUGUCUGUAUUCUUUCGUCGAUGUAGGCCAAAAGCCGUUUUCUUUGCCACAUGUGUAGGAUUAGUAGUAAGUUUAUGGUUAAUAUUUGGACAGACAUUCUCCUCAGAUUUGACCAGAACACCCUACCUUCCUCUUGGACCCACAGACCAAUGUCCAAACAGUACGAAAAAUGGGUCUUUUACCAUUUAUUUGGAAAAUGCUCAAACGGUCAGUACCUCUACAGUAUCAACAGCAUGGUCUUCAGCUGCUACUAAAGCAAUGGAAAGUAAACAAUUGUCCGGAUUGAAAGUUUUUUAUUCGAUUUCUUUUAUGUAUUUUCACUUGAUUGGUACAAUUAUAACAAUAAUUGUGGCAGUAAUUGGAAGUAUUAUUCCCCUACCAAUACAGAAGCAAAGGGCAAUGGUCGAUGAAAGAUGUAUUCUCCAAUUAUCUAUAUUUAUUCCGUCUAUAUGUAGGAGGUUGUACAGGAAGAAGGAACAGGUCAAAUUAAAUGGUUUUGUUAAAGACGAAAACGAAGAUAUGUUAAAAGAAGAAAAAAGCACAAGUAUCUAAGAGUAUUUGACAGCCAAACUGUGAUAUUUCGUAAUCACUGACACUAUCAACAAUCUAUGAAAUUAUACCGCGAAAAUGAAAUGAUAACAAAAUCCGAACAUAAUGCGUUAGAGAUAAGUAAAUAUCUCAAAAUACUGUCCGGAUUGAAUGGAACUCAGUCGAUGUAUGCCAUACCUAAUGAGAAUUAUUUGAUAAAGUAACUUCAUGUUGCAAUAUUCUUUAUAGCUAAUCUUUCCCCGCGGCUAUGAUUUCGGAUGUUUUUACUAAAACGCGGCUUUGGAUUGGUUGAAAAAAGAUUAGGGAAGCCCGUAAUAAGCUGACUGGAUAAAAAGGUAAUGUUCACAAUCAUAAAAUUUGUAUCAGAAUCAAACAAUACAAGGUUUUCUGUGAAAUUAGGAAUAUUUUACAAGUAUCUGACUAAAUCCAUGACUUUUUCAAUCAUCACCUGUAGACUAGUAGGCGUAUGCUGGCGUAUUACUUCUACAUGCCAUUCAAUAAAAGUGAUAGUUGUGUUUGGAGAAAAAAUGUAAAAUAUUUGGUCGGUUAAGCCUAUAUAAAAUUACUAUUUCUUUUUUGUUUGGAAAGAAUUAAAAGAAUCGCAUUUUGACUGUCAUCUCUCAAUUUUCUGGAAGGUGACGGGCCAUUUCUUAUAAUGGAAGCCUGUGAGAAAAUCAAUUGCAGUGUGUCUGACCAUUAGCAUUACACAUUGCAUGAAAUUAAAUAUUGAUAUCUUACCGCCACUCAUGCUAAUACCACUACUACCUUUCUUUGACCAAUUAUUUUAUGAAUGUUUGGUAGAUGCUGAGAAACCAGCUUACAGUUUUAAUUACUGAAAGGGCAUAACUCUGUAAGAUCUUUUCAAACUUUCAAAACAUAGUGAAGUAUUUUGUCCAGCAUUUGCUGUACAUAUAAAUACAUUAUGGAGAGACUGUGUUAAGGUAUACUACAUCAGAUUUGCGAAUUAAGACGAAGUGGAGUGUGAAUACCUAGGACGAUCGGUUUUUCAAAGGGUGGGGGGCAUCUCAAUAUAUGUAUUUAUAGGUAGAUAAAGAUAUUUAUGUCAUUGUUGUACAUUUGAGCGAAUGGGUCCCAUUCUGAAUUAUGUUAAUGCAUGUACUACGGUAAAAGCCAAUCAGGGAGUUCCUUUUAUCACGUGAUACCGUUUAACCAAUUGGGAAACGGCAUCUUCCUUCUUCGAAAAAAUUCCAGAGUGAAAAGCACGCUUCUUUCUUCUUAGUUUAUUUUGGUUAAUUUCUGGUUUUAUCUUGAGUGAAUCGAUUGAAUUUUAUGGUAAUCUAAUACACAUUAUAUUUGUUUACAUUCACCCUCUGGUUCAUUGCAGUACGGAUGGGAUAUACUUAUAAAUUUUGAUGUGUGUUUUUUGUGUACACGGCGUUGGACUGUGACGUACUUCUUUGUUGAAUAAUUCAAAAUUGCGUUUUCUAUCCAGCUUUUCGGACAUUCUUUUAUGACUCGUUUGAAACAUUUUAUUAGGAGCCAGUCACAGCUACAUUUCAGUUAAAAUUAUCAUCGUCACCAUUGGUCCAAUGUUCUGGUUAUCCUGGGCGGCAUCCUAGGUCACCAGUUCCCUGAUCCUUUGUGGCGGUAUUUUCCCCAGAUAUGUGAAAAAAUUAUUUUUAAGGUAUUGUUCGGCAAAAUAAAUUGCUGUUUUUCAGUCAACAUUUAGUUCACUCUUAUAUUUUCCCAUACAUAGUCCUCAGGGUCAGUGCUUCGUUGUGAACAGAUGCACAUAAAUGUAUUUUAUAGGUAGAUAAAAUUAUUUAUGUCAUUGUUGUACAUUUGGGCGAAUGGGUCCCAUUCUAAAUUAUGUUAAUGCAUGUACUUCGGUAAAAGCCAGUCCGAGAGUUCCUUUUAUCACGUGAUACCGUUUAACCAAUUCCGUCUUCGAAAAAUUUCCAGAGUGAAAAGCACGCUUCCUUCUUCUAAGUUUGUUUUGACUAAUUUCUGGAUUUAUCUUGCCACCUCCUCCCUUUCCACCUCCUCUUUCAAGUGACAAUUUUUUAACUCUGAAAGGUUUCUCAUAUGUAAAUUCAUUUACAUUUCUUGAUUUACUUAAGGCGGGUUUUUUUCCGCCCUGAUUUGUGAAAUUAUAUAUUUGUUAAGGCAUUGUUGCGGGCGGUAUUUUUUGUCUAGAUAUGUGAAAAUAUAUAUUUGUUAAGGUAUUGUUCGGCAAAAUAAAUAUUGCCCUUUUUCAGUCAA